UCCCCAACAUACACCACCCCCCCCCCCCUCCCCCUACCCCCCUCCAUCCCACCAACAACAAAAAAACGCUACUUUUUCGCCUUCUGCCUUUUACUGGUCUGCAUGAAAACACCGAAAAUUAAAGUCAAAACUCCGGCAAGUCCCAACCGGCAUCAGAAGAAACCAAAGCCAUGCCGAGAAGAAAGCAACAAGCACCGCGACGCUCGGCAGCGUAUGUUCCUGAAGAAGAGCUGAAGGCAGCCGAACUUGACGAAGACCUUCCGGAGAAGGAACUGCCUCCGGAGGGCGACCUGGACCACGAGUUCCAAUGCCCCGAAGAGGACGAGGAGAUCAAAGAGGAAGCCAGCUACCAGAACUCGCCGGCCAGCACGCCGGUACACCCGGACCCAGGUUACAGGUCUCCCGCCAGCGACACCAGCGACCCGCUGGCUGAUCUGCGGAGCAUCUCCUCCAAGGAAGGGCAGGAGAGGGAUGAAGGGGUGCCAGGUGAAGAUGUCCUGCAGGCUUCACGGGACAGCUUGGCCCAGAUGAAGGCGGCCUAUUCCAACCUCCUGAGCAGCUCCUACUGGACCAGCCUGGGCCUGAACCUGAAGAGCCCCAAUCAGGCCAGCGGCAGCGGCAGCAGCAACGGCAGCAGCCACAAUGGCAAUGGCGGGGGUUUAGGCUACGACUGGCACCAGGCCGCCUUGGCUAAGACGCUCCAGCAGACGUCGUACGGGAUCAUCCCCGAGCCCAGCCUCUUCAGCACGGUGCAGCUUUACCGGCAGCAGAACAAGCUGUUCGGCUCCGUCUUCACCGGGGCCAGUAAGUUCCGCUGCAAGGACUGCAGCUCGGCCUAUGACACCCUGGUCGACCUCACCGUGCACAUGAACGAGACCGGCCACUACCGCGACGACAACCGCGACCGGGACUCCGACAACCCCCGCAAGUGGUCCAAGCCCAGGAAGCGCUCCCUCAUGGAGAUGGAGGGCAAGGAGGAUGCCCAGAAGGUCCUGAAGUGCAUGUACUGUGGACACUCCUUUGAGUCAUUGCAGGACCUCAGCGUCCACAUGAUCAAGACCAAGCACUACCAGAAAGUGCCUCUGAAGGAGCCCGUGCCAGCCCUGGCGUCCAAGCUCCUGCCCCCCAACAAGAGACGGGCGCAGCAGGAACCUCAGCCCUGCUCCCCGGAAUCUGCUUCCAACCACUCGGGCCUACCUGCUAGAGAGUCGUCCUCGGGCCAGAGAGCGGCCAACCCUUACGUGACUCCCAACAAUCGCUACGGCUACCAGAAUGGAGCCAGCUACACCUGGCAGUUUGAAGCCCGGAAGGCGCAGAUCCUCAAGUGCAUGGAGUGCGGGAGCUCGCACGACACCUUGCAGCAGCUGACGGCGCACAUGAUGGUGACCGGCCACUUCUUGAAGGUCACCAACUCGGCCUCCAAGAAAGGCAAGCAGCUGGUGUUCGACACGGUGGUCGAGGAGAAAAUCCAGUCCAUUCCCUUGCCCCCAUCCGCACCGGCACGGCUCGUGGUCCCCAUUGCCCAAGCCAAGCUCGAAACCUCCCCGCCGCCGAUGGCCGACGAGAGGAAGGAGCAGGAGGAAGAGCUGGCGGAAGAGGACGAGAAAGAGAGGGAGAUAAAGGAGGAGCGGGUGGAUCCUGAGGAAAAGUCGAAGUCGACUUCCCAAUACCAGUAUCUGCGGGAGGAAGAUCUGGAUGAGAGUCCCAAAGGCGGAAUUGAUAUCCUGAAAUCUCUGGAGAACACAGUCACCACCGCCAUCAACAAGGCUCAGAAUGGUGCCCCCACAUGGGGAGGCUAUCCUAGCAUCCAUGCUGCCUAUCAGCUCUCUGGAUCAAUAAGGCCUUUCCAUCCAGCAGUGCAGAAUGUCCAAUCGACUCCAUUCUACACUAGCAACUUAAAGCCCCCGUCUGCCGAACAUCUUGCCAUGGUGGAGCCCUCAGAGUGCCAAUCGCCCCCGCCUCUGAAGAGCAACGUCCAUGCCAUGGAGGAACUAGUAGAGAAGGUCACGGGGAAGAUGGCCAUCAAGGCUGAAGAAAAGGCGGCGGAGAAAGAGCGGAUGGUCACGCCCAGGAUCAAGGUGACCGGUGGCUCCUCGUCGCCCAGCGUGCGGGACCCUCCCAGAGCCGACGACAAUGACACAUCAAAGCAUAUGUCGAGAGACGGCGACGGCGACGGCCACGAGGUGAAAGUGAAGAAGGAGACCAAUUUGGAUGGACCGUUCCCAAAUGGUAACGAGUGUUUGAGGUCAACAGUCAGCAAUGGCUGUAACAGUAUGGCAAUUAUCACUGACCAGUCACCCGAGUCCCCGUUUGUCAAUCCACUCAGUGCACUGCAGUCAAUCAUGAACACACACUUGGGCAAGGCGGCUAAGCCCCUGAGCCCCAGCCUUGACCCCUUGGCCAUGCUGUACAAAAUCAGCAACAGUGUGCUGGAUAAGCCCAUCUUCCCUGCCACACAGGCCAAGCAAGCAGAUAUCGUAGACCGAUACUACUACGAGAACAAUGAUCAGCCCAUAGACCUAACCAAAUCAAAGAGCAACAAGAAGCUGAUUUCCGCCAUGACGGAAACAAUUCUCUCGUCUUCGCGGGAAAAUGCGCUAUUAGACAUCUCCGACAUGGUGAAGAACCUCACAGGGCGGCUGACACCCAAGUCGUCAACCCCUUCGACGGUGUCGGAGAAAUCGGAAGCCGACGUCAGCUGCUUCGAGGACACCUUGGAUGAUAUAUCUCCGGUACAGAAGAGAAAGGGCAGGCAGUCUAACUGGAAUCCCCAACACCUCCUGAUGCUGCAAGCCCAGUUCGCGGCUAGUUUACGGGAAUCUUCUGAAGGCAAAUUCAUCAUGUCGGACUUAAACCUCCACGAGCGGGUGCACAUUUCAAAGUUUACCGGCCUUUCCAUGACCACGAUAAGCCAUUGGCUAGCCAAUGUCAAGUAUCAGUUGAGAAGGACAGGUGGAACAAAAUUCCUGAAGAACUUAGACACAGGUCACCCGGUUUUCUUCUGUAAUGAUUGUGCCUCCCAGUUUAGGACUCCUGCCGGCUACAUAGCUCACCUGGAGAUUCAUUUAGGAUUUUCUAUGAAGGACCUCUCCAAGUUAUCAGUAGAGCAGCUUCGCGAGCAGCAGGCAGUUGCUAAGGUGAUACCAAAUAGACCCCUGAACUCAGUUGGGAUGUCAGAGGAGGAUGUAAACUCGACAUUCCAGUGUAAAAUGUGCAACAGGACAUUUGUAAGCAAACAUGCAGUCAAAUUGCACCUUAGCAAAACACAUGGCAAGUCUCCAGAGGACCAUCUGUUGUAUGUAACUGAGUUUGAGAAACAAUAGUACCCAGAGAGAAGACGAGGAACAAGCUUUCUUGAGAUCUUGCCCACUUUGUGGCCUGUCCUCCUGAUGUCCUCUGCCUGCCCCUUGGUCGUGCAUCACUCUUUCUGUCACAUUGAACUCCAGAUGCUCCUACCCCAGAGAAAUGUUCCGACUCCGGCAAUUCUUCUUCAUUCUCACUAACAAUUUGGUAAUGAAAUAUUGAUUUUUAGUUAGAUUCAUAUUGAUGCUAUUAGGUUUGCAUCGAUAAAUCAUGUUGCCCUCCUCUGUGAACAGAUAGAGAGCACUGCACUGAACCCUGGAGAUUACAUUCAAGUACACUGAUGUGUUAAUUUGAUGGAUCUUUCACCAUUAGAGGAGUAAGAGUGUGUGUCGGGAGACAGGGGGUAGGAGGGGGAAUGUGGUAAUAAGAGAGAAAGACCUUAUUUCCCCCUCCUUGUUUUGCUCCGGUUUUAUUUUAACAACACAACACCUACGCUGACAGGUUCAUUGCUGAAGAGUGAUGGGAAAAUGCAAAUAAAUUAGGAGCUGCAGUAACUGAUCUGCUUGGAGUGAAGUCAACGUGCUCGAGACAGCAAAGGACAUGGUCCUCCUCAACCGAGUGUACUCUGGACUCCUUGCAUGUGUCUGUGUUCUCAGGACAUGUGUGACCUUCCCCCCAGCCCCCUUCCCAGUGCACCAAGGUACACACAGGAAUGCAACAAGGCUGUUCUCUGCAACGUCAUGUCUGCUUAAACACCGCAGAAAGGUGACCGGUCUUCACUGGAAAACGACCAGCAUGGAUGGUAGAUCAUAACGCUGUACCAGUGUGCAAGGUCAAGCAACCCAGGACUGUAAGAAGUGGGAUCGACGGAUUUGUAAAUGUCAGAAGAGGACUGAUUGUGAUGGGUUAAAGUGUUCAAUCUGCUGGACGUGACGGACUGUUCUUCCUUCCCUCACCAGUCAGUGGAUCAAGGAAAUUUACAAACUCAUUGGGAGACUUGUUCCAUUGCGUCCACGUCUACAGUCAGAAGGGACAAUCGAACGUGUGGGAAGGGAGGAAUUGCACAGACACAAAGUGAACCUUUUACCCUUGAGUGCCACCUAUCUGCCCAACCUUGGGCCCACCAGGAGUUGGAGGCAGCAAAUGGUCGGUAGGGGCUGUGUGCAAGGCUAAGUUGUGAGUGGGUGGGGUUCGGGCAAGGUUGUAAUAUAGCCCUCAACAGGCCCACCCUACUAAAGCUCUGACUUUUUCCACACGAGCCUGAGCAUUUAUGGCUGUCGAAGCUCUAAACGAGCCAUGUUUGGGAAGAGAAGGGAAUGGGUUCAACAAAAUGGUGGCUGGGGAAGAUGGGAUCUUUGAACUGGACAAAAAAAGAACACUUUUUGCGACUGAUAUGUCACAGUUACAUUCAGACUAACUCGCAGUCUGUAGAUAUAACAAAGAUAAGGUAGCUUGGACAUUAAAAUUAAUGCCCUGUGGAACCCAACGUGCACUGAAUAUAAAGACCGUACCAAACUGCAACAUUGCAGUCCCUGUAAUAUAUUGUGUCCCUGUCAUAAUGGGCCAGAACAUAAGGGAACCCAUAAUUUCGGAAGAUCACCAGCAUUCCAGAUCCUGUCGUUUCUGGUUUCUCUCAUGGCUGCCACUGCAAGCAAUAGAAAACUAAUAUUACUUUUACAUAAUUUUACCUUUUUUCUCAGAGGCAAAUGUUUUUGAAUUUCAUGGUCUUGCUGAUUAUUGAAUGCCCAAGUGAGCAUUUGAAAGUUAGUGACUUUCAAUAGGCCAGGAUCAGGACCCUGGGCUUUCGUGAGUGAGUGGAAGGACUGGGCGUUUAGGAUGGGUUAUGCACAGGCUUCAGGGGAAUAGGAGUUCCCACGUCCGGGGACUGACUGCCUGCUGUCAGCAGUAUCAGUAGGUGUUGCCUCAUCUCCCUGGCUGACCUGCCCCCAGCUGAAUUGGGACAAUAAUAUCUAUGGUUUCCCUCUAAGGCAUCAAUUCAUCCUUUCACGGAAGGUAAUAGCAGUUGGCUGAUGUUUCUCCAUAACUCACUCUGGAAGGCUUCCUAACAAUGUACGCAGGCUUGAAGUGAAAAGCAGAGACGGCAGAACCGUCAAACAUUUCAGGCGUGCCAUUCUGGGGUAAUGAAGCGUGCCAGCAAAAUAUACCCGUAAAAGACUUGAUAAAGAUGAGCUGACAUACCAGUCCAAAUAGGUUCUUUUGUGUGUCUGCACACGUCUGUCCAUCAAGGCUUCCAUCAGGAUAUGCAAGUAGCAAUAAUAGGAGCAACUGCAGGAAUGGGAAAGGAUAAAGGGAAAGUAACAAUUAAACUCUGUAAUUCAUUGAAUAUGAAUCUAAACUGUAAGUCUGACUAGUUUAUCAUUUGAGUCGAUUCUUUUUUAACACCGGUACAGUAAAACUCUGAUAAUCCAGCAUAUGAUUAUUUUAAAAUGCUGAUGACUUGGUGUUGUGCUCACUCGUUAGUCCAGAACAUUAGCUGUGGAUCGAGAGUAUGAACAGAGCGUGGGGUUGAAUACCAGGUUCCAGAUUUUUGGGUCGGGUUGAGGCUGGAACUGAUGCUGUGGUCUGGAACAUCAGGGCUCAAAAGUGUGGGUGGAGCCGAGGUCCAGAGUGUUUGUAUAUUGCCUGCUCAGUAGGUUCAUUGGAAAAUUUAUUGCACAACUGUGUAACGUGUAAAAAAAAGUGUGUUGGGAUAUUAUUAGGAAUAACAUGUAGCCGUCCAGAAAAUCUGCUCGUCAGGCAUCACCAAAGUCCCAAGGAUGCCAGGUUAUCGGAGUUUUACUGCAUAAACUUGUUUUAUUACCUGUCUGUUUAACGGCAAGGCUCAAAGAUGGAAACAGGUUUAUCUGCCCUUUGGCUCCAGCCACCAGUUUUCUCCCAGAAUCAUACAGGUGAUAAAAACCUGCCGUUGAUCCGCAAAGUGAAUUCAGACAAAUGUUUCGUCCUCGAUUCGAUCAGCAUUUCCUGGACAUUUAAGCAACUUAUUUGGAAGAAUGUCGGAACCGAGACCGCAGGAGCUUCAGGCAUUUAAUAGGCUCCUCGUGGCAGAGCAGACCCUUCUGACAAACACACCACAAAAACAAAGUAAUAAUGUGGCUUUAUUUCUCCCCAUUAUAUUACACUAUUCUGUGAUAUACAUGAUUGACAACAACAUUGUCUAUCUGCAAUUUUGAUCACAUUCAAGGACUAACUCCAACACAAUGAGGAGACUAAUUAGCCAGUCUGUGUUUUGUUUUCAUCCAUUUGCCUUCGGAAUAAGGGAAUCAGUAUUUAAUAGCAUAUUCAGGUUCUCUCUCUUCUCCCAGCUGACCUGUUUCCAUUUUAGGUCUCAAGGGUAGCAGAGGGCCACCUUCUUUUCCUCUCUCUACCAGGGCAUGUUGUAUAUUUACAUUGUGAGUACCCUCAGUAUCAAGAUGCAAUGGCAUCUGCUGUAUAUAUGUUCAGGUACAAUAUGUAUUUCCUUACUUGAUCUUUUUAGUUAAAAAAAAGUUGAGGAAAUAUAAUGCUGCACUGCCCCUUUCUGGGAAGACCAUGUACAUAUGUAAUAUAUUUAAACGUGAUAACUUAAAACACUGAUUGUAGAUUCUACUGUGGUUAAAUUUUAUUCUUUGCUUCCCCAAUUGUUGGUACACACAUCACUCUAGUCCCUUUGCAAGUGCACAGUAUCUCCUUGCUAUCUUAUUGACUGCUUUGUACAUUUCCCCUGAGCUCACAACCACUUUAAAUUUCCUCCACAUCAGUAAGACCAACUUUUUUUUUUUAAAGUAAAAUCUGAGACUUUUUUUUUUUUAAAAGCCAGCUGGAACUCCUCUGAAUGCGACGGAAUAUGUAAAAGGUGGAUGCGUCUUAACAACCCGUGCACUUAUUUAUGAAACAAAAGAAAAAAAAUCAUUUGUAUGAUAAAAAUAUAUAUUUAGAUUUUCCAAGCACAACUCUGAAAAAAAAGAAGAAAAAAAAAACAAUGUCUCUUUUUAUGUUUCAUAAAGAUGUUACUACCAUUAUGGAUCUUUUUUGCAAUAACAGGCUUAAUAAACACUGUAAUGAUAUUUA